GUUCAAGGAGCACGUCCUGCAGCACCCGCCCGGGGCCAUCCUGUCCCCCGAGGAGCUGCUCUGGGUGCGCUCCAAGCUCGGCCCCGGCCCCGCGCCCGCCCCGGAGCCGCCGCCGGAGCCCGAGCGGCCCCCGGGACCCCCGCGGGGAGGAGGAGGAGGAGGAGCCGCGCUCCGGGGCCCCGCCCGAGCCGCAGGAGGAUCUGGACCAGGAGAAGAUCCGGGAGCUGGUGAUCUCCAUGAGGCAGCAGAUUUAUGCCCAGAACGAAGCUGAAGUCAGCAAGCGCUGGAACUUCGAGGAUGGGAUCAAGCGUCCGUAUUUCCACGUGAAGCCGCUGGAGCGGGCGCAGCUGCGGAACUGGCGCGAGUACCUGGACUUCGAGGUGGCCGCGGGCUCGCACGAGCGCAGCAUCGUCCUGUUCGAGCGCUGCCUCAUCGCCUGCGCCCUCUACGAGGAGUUCUGGGUCAAGUACACGCGGGUACCUGAGUCGCGCACGGUGCCGGGCGCCCGCAGCGUUUUCCAGCGCGCCUGCGGCUUCCACCUGCCCCGCAAGCCCAACAUCCACCUGCUCUGGGCCGCCUUCGAGGAGAAGCAAGGCAACGUUGACGAGGCCAGGCGCAUCCUACGCAGCUUUGAAGCCACAGUCCCUGGCCUGGCCAUGGUGCGGCUGCGCCGCGUGGCCCUGGAGCGCCGGCACGGGCGCGUGGCCGAGGCCGAGGCGCUGCUGCUCGAGGCCAUGAGGGCCAACGAGGGGCUGCCCCUGGGCUCCUUCUACGCCGUCAAGCUGGCCCGGCAGGUGUGCAAGGUGCAGACGAACCUGGGCAAGGCCAGGAAGGUGCUCGUGGAGGCCCUCGAGAAGGAAAAGGAGAACGCCCGGCUGCACGCCAACCUGCUGGAGAUGGAGUUCGGGGCGGACGUGGGGCAGAACGAGCUGAACACCAUCAGCUGCUUCGAGCGCGCCCUGCGCAGCCCCCUGCCCCACGAGGCCAAGCUGCUCUUCUCGCAGCGCCGCGUCGAGUUCCUCGAGGACUUCGGCUCCAGCAUCCACAGCCUGCUCAAGGCCUACGAUGAGCACCAGAAGAUCCUGAAGGCGCACGCGGCCCGGAAACGGGCGCCCGAGAAUGGCUCAGAAGAGCCCGAGGACAAGCGGCUCCGUCCCGACGACCCCUCGGGGCUCCUGGGACCCCAAAACUUCUCCGGAGGGGGAGACCCCAACCCCUCCUACAACUACUGGUACCAGCAGGGCUACGGCACCUACGGCUACCAGAGCCCCUGGGGCUACGGCCACUACUACGGGCAGAGCUGAGGAGGGGGCUCGGCCCCCCUGGACAGACUGUGGGA